UCUUAGUUCAGGGAGUCCCUUGAAUAUUGUCAUCAAACCUGUGGACCCUGUAUACCAAUCUUUCGUAACAACAAGUUUUCUCAGUUGUGGGCAACAUUCUACAAGUUUUAUAAAAAACUCGUCUUUGCCAAGGACCAUAUAGCGACUACCAUCAUCAUCAUUAUCAUCAACAACAUCAUCAACAACAACAUUCCUGGCCUUUCCCUCCUUAUAAAAAUGCACUCCAUUCAAUUCGAGUUUCCAGCUGCGGAUUUCUUAUUAUAUCGACUGACAUUCCCUCCUGGAUAUCAAUGUCAGAUAACACCAAGGUAUCUAAGCAGUUGUUUCUUGCUGUAAUCAGUCGUAGUGCGUUUGAACUGAAUUUGGAUUUAAACUUGUGUGUGAGAGGUUUCGCUGAGAUAUGUCUUGAAUCAAAUGUUGUUAUUAUCGUGCUGAAAUACUCAUCACAGAGUUUCUUGAAGCCUUUGCAAACUCGCCGACACUUGUAUAGCUCAUCGUAGUACAAUCGAGGAAAGAUAAGUUUAAAAGUUAUGUCCAUACGAGGAAGACAAAACAACGUUGCUCUUUCCUCCGCCAUUUUGAGAUAUCCAAGUGUAAGAGAUUCGGUCAACCUGUGCUUACCCAUGACUCCCUGCGAGUGCAAUACCGCAAGGACGCCAUCUUGAGGUAGCGAAUGUGUUUGGAGUUUUUCAGUAUUUCGAGAAGCACUCUGAAAUUCUUCCACAAUGACGGCACAAGAACAGAUGAAAAAGAUGUUAGACGAGCUAAUGGGGACCCAGAGAGAUGGCGGCUAGCCCUUAUCAAUGAAUGAAUGAGUAUUAUUUGCCCUAGCAAGUCAUGGGAUACGUAAGUAGGGCGACGUGCGACCCCUGAUGCAGACCUCAAGUUUACAAGUGACCGAGUGUGUAAGAGUUACUUGAUGGGACUGUGUCCUCACCAGCUGUUUAACAACACGAAAAUGGACCUAGGAAGCUGCCAGAAGAUCCACAACCCCGCCCUUAAGGCUGACUUUGAGGCGGCGUCCAAGACACGAGACUAUGGCUAUAAUAUGGAUCAAAUGGAACACCUCCAGUCCUUCAUUAAUGACUGUGAUCGUAAGAUUGCUAUAGCUAAGAAGCGUCUUGAGGAUACUCAGGAUGAGUUUGAUACAUCAGAGGAGGCCAAGGCAAUUCAAGAUAUCGGAGAACAGAUUGGAAAGAAGCUUGCAAAAGCAGAGGAGCUAGGUGCUGCUGGCGAAGUGGAGGAAUCCAUCAGCCUCAUGAAUGAAGUAGAGGAACUGAAGAUCAAGAAACGCGAAGCAGAGGAAAUCUACCGAAGCCAGUUGCCAACUUCUUCCAUCCAACAGCAGAAGCUGAGAGUUUGUGAAGUGUGUGCAGCAUAUCUGAGUCUCUACGACAACGACAGGAGGUUCGUCAUAUGUUGCGUCAACAGCACUCUCACAGUGUUGAUUCUGGAUAAGAUCCUCACACUACUAGCAGAUCACUUUGGUGGCAAGCUGCACAUGGGCUUCAUCAAGAUCCGUAACCGGCUCCAAGAGCUAAACGAGGAGAUCGCCCGUAAGCGAGAAGAGAGGGAACUGGAACGACAGAAGCGACGGGAGGAGAGGGAGAGAGAGAGGGAACAAGAGCGACGAGAGAUGGAUAAACGGCGCAGUGGAGACCGUGACAGACGAAGCAGUCGAGAUGCGGACCGUGGUCGCCGUCGAAGAUCCCGCAGUCGCAGCCGUGAUCAUAAGAGGCGAAGGAGCCAAAGCCGCAGCCGUGACCGAAGACGCAGAACUCGGUCACGCUCUCCGUCACACAAGUCACGCUCCCCGUCACACAAAUCACGCUCCUCUUCACGAUCACGCAAGUCACGCUCACCGUCACGGUCACGCAAGUCACGCUCAACUUCGCGGUCACGCAAGUCACGCUCAACGUCACGGUCACGCAAGUCGCGAUCCACCUCAAGGUCACGUGAAGCCAAGCGCUCAAGGUCGCGGUCACGCUCCAAGUAACGCAAGUGCGUGGCAGGCAUUUUGGAAGGAAUAGCUAAAGUACCGGAGACCACACGAAAGUAUUUUAAUGAAUGUUUGCCGUUUUUUAGCUAGCACACGUCCGCAAACAAAUUAAAAAUCAUAUGGCUCGUGGGUAGUAAUGGCGACACAGCCCCCAAUCCCCAGGAGAUAUAUGACGCUACAGGAACCUCUUGGACGUGUGUUAAAAAGCAGUCGCAUAGCACUUCGGUAAAAGAAACCGUUUCCUUUCAGUUAGUGCUCUGGAUCAGCUCAGUGUUGAUUUCCCUAGAUAUUGCUUAUUGUUUGUGUUCACAAAAAAGAAACCUGUUCAAUACUCGGACAACGGCGACUCUUCUGAUUUGAAGAAUCCUUACCAACGCUUUCAAAUGCAAAGACAACAAAUGUACGGAAAAUAUAUUGUCUAUUGUAUAUCCA